AUGGAGAAUUCAGGCAAUCGUAUUGUAGAUCCUUCUCAAGAUCCUAUUUCAUCUUUUUACUUACAUCCUUUUGAUAGUCCUAGUAUGAAACUUGUGUCUGAGAAGUUUAAUGGUACUGGUUAUGGUGAUUGGAAGAGGUCAAUGCACAUAAGUUUGUUAGCUAAGAACAAACUAGGUUUUGUGGAUGGUUCAAUUAUUAAACCAGCACCUGACUCAACCUCCUUGAAGGCUUGGGAACGGUGUAACAGUAUGAUAAUCUCUUGGAUUCUAGGAGUCCUGGAUCAAAAUUUGGCUAGGUCUGUGCUAUAUUUUAGUACAGCUAGAGAAAUUUGGGAGAGAUAUGGAGCUUCUUAUGGAACUGUAUUGUAUACAUUAGAACAGUCAAUCAAUGAAAUUAACCAAGGAGAGGAUGAUGUUUCUACUACUUUUUAUACUAAGAUCAAAAGACUAUGGGAUCAGUUGGAUGAUGUAGAUCCAUUGCCUAUGUGUCAUUGUGCAAACUGUACUUGUCAUAUAGCUCAAAGAAUGCUUAAGUCUCAACAAGACAAGCGGCUUGUAGUUUUUCUGAUGAAGCUCAAUGAUGGCUUUGAGGUGGUUCGAGGAACUAUUUUGCUCAUGCAACCUAUGCCUUUGAUUUAUCAUGCAUACAGACUUCUUAUGCAAGAGGAGAAGCAUAAGAAGUUGUAUAAGGAGCAUAAAGAAUCUUCUAUGAAUUUUUCUAAUGAGUCCAUGGCAUUAGCAGUGAAUAGAGGAAGGUUUCAAGAUAGGUGGAACAGAUCACAAUAA